AUUUGACGCGACAGUGGAACACUUUACAGCACACUGAGCGCACUCGGCUCGACCUCGCCGGGAGACUCGAGCGCAACCUGGCCAUACGAGGGAGGCGAGCGGACCCACUGCAUCUCCGGGCCUCCGCGGAGGAUACGAUCCCACUGACAGCUUCUGCGCGGUUACCGACUCAAACCGAGUCACAUAUUGGGAAUACGAAAGGGUGGGCUUAAGGGCGGAGUAAUGAGAAUGAGUCUGUAAAGCUCACAGGAGCAGGCUGGAAGAAAAGAGGGAAGCCAGGCAAUCAUGCUGGAGGCAGAUGCGGAUGCAGCAGGUGCAGCACUGGCGGGGGGUGCCGUUGCCUCCAUGGAUAGUGAAGACCUGAGAGCCGAGGUGGUGCGUUUGACUCUCGAGCUCCAGGAAGCCACAGAGGAGAAGCUGCAGGCCGCCCGCUACGGCUUGGUGGUGCUGGAGGAGAGUUCAGCUCUCAAGAGCAAAAAUCAACAACUGGAAGAGGAGCAUGAAGCCCUCAAAGUGGAACUGCAGCAGUUGAAAGAGGCGUUUGCAGAUUCUGUGAGCAGCCAGAAGCGCGCAGCCGCUGAUGGAGAAUGCCGGGAGGAGAACUUGCUGCAGGAGACGGCAUCGAAGGAGGCCGCCAUGGCAACCCGCUUGGAAGAAGUCCAGGGAGAACUCAAGCAAGCACGACUCGCACUCGGCAAUGCUCACGCGGAGCUUGACAGACUUGGCGUUGUCUCAACUCAACUUAAGAAGGACUGUGAGUGCUUGGAAGCAGAGAAAGGCCACCUGAGGGAUGAGAUGAAGGAAUUUAAAGUGCGUGAGCUGCGCCAAUUACAGGACAAUGGCGAGCUGGAAGAAGAGAACACAUCUCUUCAAAAGCAAGUGUCUGUGCUCAAGGAAAACCAGGUAGAGUUUGAAUCAUUAAAGCUUGAGCUGAACCAAAAGAACGAGGAGCAAGAGGAGCUGCGAGCUCAGAUGGAGGAGGCUGCGAGGCUGCGGGAGAUUGCGGAGCGUCAGUUGGACGAGGUCCUGGAAUCCUUGAAGGAAGAGAGGGAGCAGAAAAACAGUCUUAGCCGAGAACUCUCUGCUUUGACCCUGAACCCCUUUGAUUCUGUGGGCAACCUGGAGCUCCACUUGGACCAGUUGGAUGACAGCCAGGAAGAGGGCCGGACGGGAGAGGAUGACACUCGGGAAACGGGCCAGGAGGGCGGCGUUAACAACGCCCCCAAUUCGGCUCACACCCCGCACCUGGGGGGCUCCAAAACGAAUGGCGUCUUGCAACGUUACUCCGCUCCACGCAACAGUGACAUAUUUCUGCGUGCACCAGCUUCUGGGCUUGUGUCUGACCUCUUGAGUGAGCUCCACUUCUCAGACAGCCAAAAACUUAAACAGCAACUCCUUCAGACGGAAAGAGAGAAGUCGAGUCUCGUCAGCAAAGUGGAGGAAUUGCAGAUGCAGCUGGUGAUGUCCAAGCAAGCACUGAGUCAGCAUGAGGACAAAGUCGGCUCUCUCACCCAACAGCUCGAGGCUGUGCAGAGCAACCAGCAGCACAACCGCGAGGCAGGCGAGAAAGAGGCCAAGAAUGCCCACGCCGCUGACGUGGUCUUUGAUUACGAGGUGGACACAAAGAGCAAAGAAGUGCUCGAGGCACGUAUGCGUUCAGCCAGUGAAGAGCUUCUGAAGCUACGGGAUGAACUGUCUCAAGCGGGCACUCGUUAUAACGCCUUGGAGCAACGAUACAAACUAGAGAAGGACAGGUGGCGAUCAGAGGCCCAGGAGCUGGCAGAUAAGAUUCGCCAGUGCAUCAAGUCCAGCAGAGAGGACCAGGAGCGGAUCAGUGAACUGGAGGUUGAGAUCGGAGCCACACGCAAAGUGGCCAGCGAUUCCGAAGGCCAUUUGAGUGUGGCUCAGGAAGAGCUGCUGGCCUUUUCUGAGGAGCUGUCCAACCUCUAUCAUCACAUCUGCGUGUGUAACAACCUGACCCCCAAACGGGUCACCCUGGACUAUUACCGUGAAAGCGCCAGGGCACACGGCGGAGCUGGUGCAAGAAGGCCAUUCCAUAUCUCCACCCCGCCAAGCUCCCAGAAGAAGCCACGGCCCAAUGACACCUUCAUCUCCAAAGCUGCCGCUUUGCAGUUUAUGGGGGAGGUCGACAGUUCAGGCUCCUCUGUAGAGUCUCCUAGUUGCCCCGGUUCCCCCAAUCUGGACUUCAGGGACCCCUCCAAUGUCCGCAACUUGGUUGCUGUCAUCAGAUGCCAGAUCAAACACCUCCGGGUGGCAGUGGACCUCUGUCGUCAGCGGGGUGCUAUGCCUUACUCGGGCCUCAGUAGCAGUGUGGAGAUGGAGAGGGAUGCUGAAAGCCUGCUGGAGGAAGUCCUUAAACUCAAGUCCCUUCUUAGCACCAAGAGAGAACAGAUUGCAACUCUCAGGACUGUGCUCAAGGCCAACAAACAGACUGCUGAGUUGGCUUUGUCCAAUUUAAAAACCAAAUAUGAGACGGAAAAGAGCAUGGUGUCUGAAACCAUGAUGAAACUACGCAAUGAACUCAAAGGAUUGAAAGAAGAUGCAGCUACCUUCUCUUCACUCCGAGUCAUGUUUGCUAGUCGGUGCGACCAGUACAUCACCCAGCUGGAUGAAAUGCAGAGGCAGCUGGCAGCUGCAGAGGAUGAGAAGAAGACACUGAAUUCCCUGCUGCGCAUGGCCAUCCAGCAGAAACUGGCACUCACUCAGCGUUUGGAGGAUCUGGAGGCCCCGCUGUCUCCUCACAGCUUGAACAGCAGCCCUCGCCGCUCCAGAGCCAAAGAGCUGGCCGCCAAGUCGGGACGAGCGCCACGGAGUCCGAGAAACAGUCCGGCGCGUGCCUCCAUGAGGAGCAGCCCUCGUGCUAGUCCCGUUCUGGGGAGCAGCGUUCCAGCCAUGGCCACGCACCACUUGCGAGCUCUCACGCGAAGCCUCCACACAAGCCCCCGCUGAAACACUUCAUUACUCCAAACCCUCUCUUCACCACAAGGACCCGUCUUCAUGUUGACUCCCCGGUUCCCUCCUCCCUUCCUGCCUCAAGACAUCCUGUUCAUCCCAGAUGCGCUGCUGCAUUCCCCACAAAGAUGGAGUUUAAAAAGUAAAAAUACAGCUCUCAUCCCACUCGCUUGCAUGCAGCCUGAAGGAGGAUGAAGAGAAAUAUUUGCUGCUUAUUAUUCUUAUUGUUAUGAGAAGUCAUUGACUGUGGCUUGUCCUAUGUGGUUCCCAACUUCCAUCUUGUCCUGUUUAUUAAGGCGGUGUUGUGCGUUACCAUCAGCAGUAUUUAUUCCAUUAAUAUAUUUUGUUUACUGUCCUUCCAUCCAAGCCAAAACCUCCUCUUGUGAGACACGUAUGUCUUUGCAUUCUUGCCUUUAGCUCAUUCAUGUGACCCCGCCGCCCCCACGAUCAUGUGUUUUACAUGUGAAUGCAGCCUUACUGACACAGUUGUUCUACUACAAGUCCUUUAACAUACAAGCGUUAAUUACAGUCACAUCUUAAAAUUGUGUUUGGUCACGUGACUGCGGUCUGACCUACAAACCUUUUACCCAUUUGGAAGCAAACACUUUCUUUUCAUGAAUAGUGAGCCAUAUAUUCCCCACCUCAGGGCAAAAAAAAAAAAACAUCAAAAUAAUAUUUCAGAUAAGGAAACGCGUAGAUGCAUGUUGUAUUUUGCAGACGGACUACAAUCUAAAAUGUGCCAUUGCUGGUCAAAUCUCCCUUCUCACAGUCAUGAAGUUUCCCCCACAAGUAACUUGUCCAAAGUUGAAGAAGAAUUGCCAAGUGCAAGGUUCCUCUUCACUGACUCCAUUCAUACAGCUCCAUUAGGCAAAUAUUGCUCAUUCCUCUGCUUCUAUUUUCACUGCAGUCUUGCUUCUAUUUGCCUUUUCUCCUGCCUCUGCCCAGCUAAGAUGUCUCUUGUUGUGAAUUCAGAGUAGAUGAUGUCAGCAUCUCAGUCAGGAAACGGAACUUCAGUUCCGUCCGUCCACGACAACAACUAACUAAGUCGGCUCUAAUUCAAUUUGGAAUAGGCUUAAGUUGGCAUACUAUGUAUGACAUGCAUUUUCUCUUCAAAAUGCUCAGCGAACUGUGGAUUGUUUUGCUCUCAAGUUUUGUGCUUCACAUUAACCCAACAUAAAUGACUUAAAGUAAAUACAUUGAAGAAACCGACAAGCAUGGGCCUCAUAGUGCAGAGAAAAGACAGCAACAUGCAGUACAACUCACCCGGUAGACUCGUCUCAAUGAUUCACUUGGAAAUGACUGUUAAGAGCUAAAAGCGAGUGCAAGGCCUCUUGAGGCCAUCUCCUGUUGUGUUGCAAAAUCUGUUUUUGUGCCUUUUGUUUUGAUCUCGUCUGCUGUUUUAGACUACUGUUCUUGUUUUUUUUUUUUUUUUCAGCGAGUCACUGGAGCUUCUUACUUGUUUUUCCUAUUUUCUUUCUGUAAAAUGAAUACCACGCUAUGCGAAUGGUGCAAUGGGUGCUGCAUGUCAGAACUUUCACAAAUAGGAUUUUAUUUAUUUUAUCUCCAGCUACUGUACAUUCAUUAUUGCACUCAGUCUGAAUGACAUGGGAGAGUAAUCACAUUGAAAUUCUGGGAGCUUUUAGCUGAAGCUAUUGUCCAGACUGUUACAGAAUAUGUUAAAUUGCUUCUGAAGCACCAACACAAACUUGCAGUUCACCACAGUUGUUGCCAGUAAAUGAUUCAUUUUGCCCAGAGCAGCAAAGUAGUUUUUAGCUUGUCCCACGUGUGAACGUGUGGUUUUGCUGCACUUAAAAAGUUGACGAAUAAUACAUUUAAUCGCUGGAAUUUGAAGUCUAUUUCCCCCCCCCACCCCCAUGAUGUGGAAACUGAGAAGCACUGAAUAUUGUGGAUUUGAAUAUUUUCACUUUUCACCACUUGGGUGUGUUUUUGCUGACAAAGCAAUGACUGAUAAUAUGAACGAUCUCUAUUUGUAUAUUUUGAAUCCAGUGUGGUCGUGAUUGUACACAAUUCAGAACAAAAGGUAUUGGAAGCGUAUUAAGUAAACUAUGUAAAGAUAAUUGCUUCCAGGAGGGACUCAGUUGCAUCAAUCUGUGCAACUCGUCGCUAAAAAGUGAAAAUAUUUGACAAGAAUGUUCUUACUUUUGAAAGUAACGUAUGGAUUUGUUGAUCUAUUUAAUUCAAUCAGUGUAAUUUAAUUUCAAUUGUUGUGGACUUUUUGAAAGUGUAUUUAUGUGCUCUGCUUUCUGUAUAAAUAGCUCAAAUACAUCAUGCGCACACAGCUGCAGACGUUUUGAUUUGUACAUCCAUUCCCUUCAUUCUCCUGCAACCCAGAAUAAAGCAAACCAACACUGUACAGUGUAAACCAACUGAA